UGGAACGAACACUCAAUUUCCGGUUCCCUUGAAUUUGAAGGAAAUAACCGAAAAAGAUGUCUUUAUUCCACUAUGUCACAUAUAAACUGGUAGUUAUCAGGGAUAAAAGGCUCGGUGUUGUAUAUUAUGCCAUUACAGCGUUAAUUCUGUUGUAUACUUUGAUAGAGAUUUUCGUUAUGAAAGGAUACUUGGAGUUUGAUGAGUCACCAAAGGGUACAAUGAGAAUACUGGUAUCUGAUCACCGUGAUGACCCAGAUGUGACACAGACAAAUCUUUCUCAUCUUCCACCAUAUUGCUGUAAUAAAGAUGACAUGGAAAAGAAGUCCAACAAAGUAAGAAAAUUCUGUGGUUCUUGUGAAGCAGUAGAUGUGCAAGAACUUUCCUGGCCUGUAGAAUCCCAGAUGUUGAGUUUGAUGAGCUUUUGUAAGGAUCGCUGGCAAGUGAAGCAUAAAAACAGCUCUUUACAACAACAAAACUAUGUUAAUAUUAGAGAAAGAAAAUACUACACUUUAGAUCCAGAAGACGUCAAGAUAAAAAUAGAACAUUCAAUCAUAGCAACACGUUUUAGCAGAAAAUCAGAUGACGCGAUUGCCGCAUCACAGAGAACAUUAACGGGAUUCUUGUAUGACACUCAGGGCAAUGUUAUUAAAAGGAUGUCCAGUAAUGGUGAUAAGAAGCAUCAACGAGGCCAAGCUGAUAAACUCACUGUACAAGAACUGCUCCAUGCUGCAGGGGUCACUAGUCUAGAUGACAUAUCUGAUGCUGUUAAUGCUAAGGGCAAGUCCUACAGAAGGCAUGGCAUUGUUUUACACGUCGUCAUUGGCUAUUACAAUGCUGAGAAAACAUGGCUUGGGACUGGGCCUAUUGAGUAUUCAUAUCAUGUACAUCGUAUCCCUUAUGCUGAUUACCGCAUCAACCAGAUCAUCCCUGUCAUCAGCAAAGAUGUGUUCAGUACGAUACCAAAUAACCCUGAUACGAAUAACAGCGGUGAAGAUGAUGGCCUUCAAGAUACGAUGGAGACUCGGCUCUACCGAAAACGUUACGGGAUUAAAAUCGAGUUUUAUCAAAGUGGAAGAUUAGGUCGCUUCUCAUUUCCUUCGUUUCUUCUCAAGCUUGUUGCUGGUGUUGGUCUGUUAACCUUGACUGCUACUAUAGUAGACCUUGCUGCUUUGUACUUCCUUCCAGACCGGUUCCAGUAUCGACAGUACGUUUAUGAAGAGUCUCCGUUGAUCCUUAAAAAGAGAAAAGAAGAGAAAGGAAAAACAGAAUAGCAUGCAUCACAAAAACUAUGAUUAUUCUCUAAACUGUCAAAAAUACCUUCCUCGCGAAAACCAUGCACAUGUGAUCCAACGUCCAAAUUGCUGGAUGAGCGCUAAUUUAUUAUUAAAAUGUUUCUGAUAUAAAGAAUAAUAAUAUUAUGAUAAAUUCAAUUUUUAGAAUUUAUUAUGAAUAAUGAAAUUACAAAAAUGUUAUGAAUCCUUUGUGAUAUUUAUACAUGUAUUUUAUAAAUUUUUGAAAUAAA